AUGAACGAGAAUUUCAGCGCCGGUAGAGAGGCGCUCCCAGUGCGACGCCGGUAUAGCGGAGAUCGGAAGAAGCCAGUCGCCAAACAGCCAGCGACCAAACAGCCAGCGGCCAUAGGCUCGGAUGCGGGGCCCGAGGGGAACAGCUCACCUGGGAGGUCGCAUAUAGCAGUUGCGUCAGAUGAUGGAUCGGUGAACUCCAAUCGCCCUCAAUACUCUGCUACUUUUUCGUACUCCAACCCCAGGACGGACGACUUGGCCUCUGAUGCGACAAGCGAUCAGCUUGCUGAAACUGCGCCCUCGGGGCAUCACCCCCAGGGCUUUCGCCAGCCUCGCAAAGCCCCAGGGGCCCGCGCAGGGACGCCGCGCAGUUACCCUGUCAGCCGAACAGCGGCGGAAAACUGGCCAGGGAAAGCAGGUGCUGGCAAUGAGUCUCGGCUCCGGUACUCUGUAAACUCGGCAGAUGAUCUAGAAGGUGGCGAGGGCCCUUCAUCGCAGCCGCAGCACCAGAAGCUCCAUUCCAGCUCCGUUUUGAAUGAAGGUCGACUCCCGGUCACCGGAAUUGCCAGGCAGGAUGAGGUCGUCUCUUUGUCAAGCGCAUCCGGCCAGCCAUCCGAAAGCUCGAGCUACGGCCAGGAGUCCGCGCAGCGCCUGAGCAGAGAACAGGGGCCCGCUGGAAAGGUUUCGGCAGCUGACGGAGGUACAACAUCAUCUUGGCUCUUGCUACAGGCAGACACUAAACCUUUGACAGAAGAGGAAUUAAUAAAUGAUACCCAAGCCAUCUAUGCCGGACUUCUCAUGGUGGAAAAAAGAUGCAUAGCCUUAACCCAGCACUUAACGAGUACCCCAUUGUCCGAGCAAGAUUGGCAGAGAAUAAUCAACACACAUCAUGUUCUGAUAGAGGAACAUCACGAUUUUCUUCUAAUCAUUCAACAAGGAGGGCCCGCCCUCCAGCGUCUCGCAGAGCAAUACAGCAUGCCCAAUCGCUUGUGGCGCGUUGGGAUAUAUGGUUUGCUUGAGUUUUUACGACGCCGGCUUCCUGAGUCCUUGGAGAGAAUGCUGGCGUUCCUCCACCAGGCGUACAUCCAAAUGACCAUAUUAGUAGACCUCGUUCCCAGAUUCGAAGACACUUGGUUUGAAUGCCUUGGCGACUUGUCACGAUACCACAUACUCGUCGAAGAGGGCGAUCCCCGCGAGCGCGAGGCCUGGGCCGAGAUCGCAAGGUACUGGUACCACAAAGUCGCCGAUAAAAGUCCCGACGUUGGCAGGAUCCAACAUCAUCUUGCGCCUCUGGCUCGGCCGGAUUACACGCAGCAGUUGUUCUACUAUACGAAGUCUCUGGUCUGUGUCGAUUCGUUUAUUGGCGCUAAGCAAAGUAUUUUAACCUUGUUCAACCCAAUUUUGAGAGCUCCGAGAACUAUGAUUGGGCUUCAAGAGACAGUAGCAGCGUUCGUGACUGCACAUGCGUAUCUUUUCAAGGGUGACUUGAAAGACCCGUUAAUGCAGGCAUGCAAUGGAUUCCUGUCAUCUCUGGAACAGUAUAUCGGUCGAAUGGGUCCUACCUUCAAACCCCAAGGAGUUUAUAUUUCGUCUUGCAAUUUCGCCGCAGUGCUGGAAUAUGCGGCCCAAACUGCGCUUCUACCAAGGGAAUUCUUCACCAAUGCCGCGCAGUCGAAGUCUAUGGACGAUAUCUAUUUUGCAUCUCACCGGUUCUGGACGCGUGUUGACGACCUCAAAACGAUCGAAGCCGACUUUCUCGAAACAAGGAACUCGGAAACCAUUUCGCCCGUGGUGUUCUACGCCUCAUGUCUAACAUUCCAAGCGUUAUCGAUUAUGCUGGAUCAGACUGGCAACAAGAACGUUUAUCCAUCAUUCCAUGCAUCGCUCGCCUUCCUUUGGUGCUUGGCCCGGACGCCUAGCAGCAUGAAGCGUGUCGAAGUCUUAGUACCCUGGAAACAGAUCGCUACAUUCCUCAACACACUAACCCGCAAUUUCGCCGACUUUACCCGGAUAGAAGAGGUCGAGUUCCCGAGCCAAGGCGAUGGUAGAUGGCUUCCCGAAGACUUUCUUAUCCGUGGUCAAGUUUGGAGCCAGAAUCUGUAUCCGACAGGCUUCUUUAACAAGGCCCCAACCGCUGACGAGGGCCGGAAUCUCGAGCCGCCGUCUCGAGAUCUUGAGCGGAUGCACAGGUGCUUAUGGCUCGGUGUCAGGCUUGCUACGUUCAACCGCUGGAUGGCAUAUGAUGCUACUUCACGGAAGUUUGCAGCUACUGACUUUGCCUCGAACCUGGCCGAUAUGGCUCAGAAACAUAAUCCAUUUUAUGGACAGAACUCACAAACGAGUUUAACAGUGGAUGCAUGA